GCAGACGGUUGGUUGGUUCACUAGGCGAGAGCGAGCGAGCGGCGCGGCGCGCGCGCUUAGUCCUGGCAGUCUCCGGUGGAGGAAAAAAGGGGCGCUGGUAGCGUGCCUUUGCCCUCGGCGAUUAUCGUCGCGGAAAAACGCGGCUUGCGCGUCGUCGCGCGAGCGAGCUACGACGGCGACGACGGCGACGAUGGGCGCGUCUCCGCUGCUGACUGUCCGCGGCCACGCCGUUUGAAAAGUGCGCGAGCGACGAGAUCGAUCGGGCGGCGGCGACGGUGACGGCGACGGCAGCGGCGGCGGCGGCAGCGGCGGUGGCGGCUGCGGCUGCGGCGAGGAUCGCGGAGACAGGUCACCAGCAGGCCGAGCAUCUGCGAUUCGGUCGAGGCACAUGAGUGGGCCCGGCUGGCGCGGCGGCGGGGCUGACCCCCCGCUGCUCCAGCCGUCCUUGUCGGCGCUGCAGCCACGGCGACGACUCGUCGACACUGACCAGCCGCGGCACCGCCGCACUCGCUUCUGCACUCGGCCCUGCUCUUCUGAUUAUACGAUAACGAUGUACCUCAAUCAAUAUUGGAAGGACGAGAGGCUGGCUUUCUCGCACGAAAAGGAAAUUUUAACGCUCAGCGGCGACUUUGCUGAGAAAAUCUGGGUGCCGGACACCUUUUUCGCUAACGAUAAACACAGCUUCCUGCACGACGUGACGGAGCGCAACAAGCUCGUGCGAUUAGCCGGCGAUGGCUCGGUGACGUACGGCAUGAGGUUCACCACGACCCUGGCCUGCAUGAUGGACCUCCACUAUUACCCCCUCGACUCGCAGAAUUGCACCGUUGAGAUUGAAAGCUACGGCUACACCGUGAUGGACGUGGUGAUGGCGUGGAAGAGUACGCCGGUGCGCGGGGUGGACGAGGCGGAAUUGCCCCAGUUCACGAUAAUCGGCUACGAGACGAACGACCGUAAGGAGGCCCUUGCGACCGGCGUCUACCAGAGGCUCUCGCUCAGCUUCAAGCUACAACGGAACAUCGGCUACUUCGUCUUCCAGACCUAUCUGCCAAGCAUCCUCAUCGUCAUGCUCAGCUGGGUCAGCUUCUGGAUCAAUCACGAGGCGACCAGCGCCCGCGUCGCUCUCGGUAUAACGACGGUGCUGACGAUGACCACGAUAUCAACGGGAGUGAGGAGCUCUUUGCCGCGCAUUAGCUACGUGAAAGCCAUCGAUAUCUACUUGGUGAUGUGCUUUGUCUUUGUGUUCGCCGCGCUGCUCGAGUACGCGGCCGUUAAUUACACCUACUGGGGUGCCAGGGCCAAAAAGAAGAGCAAGAAGAAGGAGACCGAGGAGAAAAAAACCAUCUGCUCUUCAAAGACCGGAAGCAAGGCGAGCUCCCCAUUUCCCGGCUCGACCGACGCGGAUAUAAUCGAGCUGCAGGACUUGAGGUUGUCGCCGCUGCCGAGCAUAAGGAAUCGAUCGGGCCUUGCGAGCAGCAGCAGCGCUGCCGGUACUCCGGCACGCGACCACGAGCAAAAGUUCCCGCCGAGUUUUCGCAUUACUCGGGCUCCUGGAUACAAUGCCGGCCUCAGGUAUCGUGGCGCGAGACAACCGAAACCCAAGGUCCUGCACGCGAUACGCCGGGGGGCAUCGGUCUUGAAGGCGUCAAUGCCAAAGAUCAAGGACGUCAACAUCAUCGACAAAUAUUCGCGUAUUAUUUUUCCCGUGAGCUUCAUAGUGUUCAACGCCGGCUAUUGGAUCUUUUACGUGCUGUGAGAGACUACUACAGGUGAUAAAGUGUGAAGCAUACUCACGGACAACGAAGUUUCGAAAUAAUAAUGAAGCGCCUUGGAUGUUGAACGAGGAAAGAGGAUGGUACAGUGAAAACAAACGCUGAUUUCAACAGCUAAUUUAGCGUAUAUCGACCCACGCCUGGACCAUGCUCCGCGGUAUCUACCAGAAAAGAUGAUCAAUCUUAUCAGGGAUUGUCUCACCUGAUGAUUUCUCUCAAAUUUACAACGCCAUGCCCAUGAAUAUUCCUUCAUUUUCAAUUUUCCUUUGUUUAGUCAUGCUUUAGUUUUUUCUUCGUUUGCUCAUGUUUUUAUUUAAACAUUUGAACUUUCAACUGCUUCUUGUUAGUCGCAAAAUAAUGACAAUUAUGAGAUGAUUUUUGACAAGGCAAAAAAUGUACCUAGACAUUUUUGGGGGGCCAGUUUUGCGUGUUGUAAGAGUCGUCCACGUUUGUACAAAACUAGCGGAAGGCCCUUAAAUUCCUGAAAUUACAGUAAUCAAAUUUUAACAGAGAACUAUUAUCGAGUUAUAUAAACAGUACACAGUAUUACAUAAUGUGUAUAUCGAAAGUACUUGAAUAAUUUAAUAGUGAAAGGGAUCGUAACAAUGUACUUUUUGACAAGAGAAUAUUAAGAAAAUUCAAAUUAUUUUUCAACAAAUUUUGAUCGCAUGUUCAUCUUUUCAUAUUCUUAUGUAAAAAAUUGUAUAGAAAAAAUUAAAAGGGAACAAACCGAGAAUUAUUGAAAUACUCAUACGACAAACGGUGUAAGAAGUAUUAGUUAAUUCGCACACAAUUUUUGUAAAUUUUCCUUUAAAUAUCUUGAAAAUUCUAUUGUCAGAAAGUAACUUUUCCCUGGUUCUAAUAAAAAGCUGCCAUUAGAAACAAUGAUAGCGUUGUUUGCGAAUAUCGAUGUCUUAUCUGAAAAAAGUAUUUAUAAGACAAAGAAUAUUGAAUUGAAAAUGUAGAAGAUUAUAGUAAACACAUUAAUGACAAGACAACGACUCAUUCCAGAAUUAUCUUGCUAGAGCGUAAAUACAUUUUCAACGUUACACUUGAUGAAUGUCAAAAGUAUAUGUAAUUAAGAAUUUAUUUAUGAAAACGCAGUAGCUCACCUAUAAGCGAUAGUAUUUAUUUAAUCUUGAUACAAGUAGUAAUUCAUCUACAAUUUUUUCGUUAGAUAUGACAACACUGAUUUCAAUUAAUUUUUAUAAUUCUAGAUAUAUGUUGACUACUUUAAUGAUCAGACUGUGAGACAAAUUUUACACGAUAUAAAUAAUAAAGAGGAGUAAAAGUUAAUGCGUACAAAAAAUAAAAAUCGAGACGCCUGGCUUAAAAAUCUGGAACGAAACGUUACAUAGCAUUUCGUAGUAGUCUUACGAUCAGUUAGUAUGUGAAAAUUCAUUGUACAUUGUGCAGUGUACGUAUAUAAAAGUUUGGAUAAAAUAACAUGAAGUAGCGAACGACAAUAUGUUCCUAAUUAAGCCUGAAAGCCAGUCAUGAAUUAAUAGCAUGAUCGGAAGCGGACACAGUAGGUACAAGUCAUUUACAUGCGCAAGUAGUUAUAUGCACAAAAAAGCAGAUAUGAUUUGCGCAUAUGAUAAACAAGCUUUCUAUCCUUUUUAUGCAGAGAACAAAGUUUAGUUUAGCACUCACGCAGAAUAAUUUUAUCGAGUGUUUAUCUUUGUUUCAAGUAUUUAUUUGUAAUCCACAUUUUCAACAUAGUGUCCUCGUAUAACUGUAAAAUUCGAUAGGUAUGUGGAUAUGUAACAGAAGUCCAAAUAAUUUUUUGUACGGCCUUCAUAUAAAUUAGUAUAUUGAUUUAAUUGUAUAUUAAAUAUACUAUGUAAUAUAUCAGCUAUUUGCUCAACGCAGAAUCCAAAAAAUUUGAUUUCAUUUCUUAUAUAUCAGAUAUCAUUAAUCAAGUGCUAUUCUAAUUGAAACUAUGUUCCUUCAAAUCUGGAAGAAAAAUAUUUCUCUAUUAAAAAAAUAUAUUUCGAAUUAAAACGAGUUAUAACGCAUGUAAGUGAAGAAAAUAGAUAAAUUUCAUGGCUAAAAUUGGCGUUCAUCUUAAGGAAUAACAUGUUCAUUCCGAUAACCUCCUUAGAUUAUGCAUUAUUCAGAUGCCAUUUUUGGAAGAGCUGGUAUUCGCUCUAUUUAUAAAUUUCUAGUUUAUUCUCGUCUUAUAAUGAUUCGAUACCACCAUAACUUUAUUUUUAUCCUACGACUUGUGUAAGAAAAGUUACAUUUUUUCUGAUUACUUAAAUCACACAACUUAUAGCAAUGUUGAAAAGAAAAUUAAAUAAAAGCUUAUGUCACUCGAAAAAAACAUUUAUUUUUAACACGAAGCGAUUAUUUUUCAACUGACGGUAUGUACUGUAAAUGUGUUAUAUUAUUAUAUAAAUAGGCAAACUGUACUACAAUAUGUUAUCAAUUUUAAACGAGAUAUAAGUGCAAGGCAAAAAGCAAAAUAUAAUAUGGUGUACGCUUUUAAAUAUUUCUCGGUGAAUAAAAAAUUGAAAUUAUAUCUAAAUAGAAUUGUAGAAAUUUUAUAAUUGCCAAGAAAAAAGCUAUAUUGCAAUUAUUUAUAGUCAUGAUUUAUUGAUUUUCUAAACCGAAGUAAAAACAGAAGUCCUUGUCCAAUUGACAAAAGUUUUUGAAAAGAAAUAUAGUAUAUUUGAAUAAAUCUAUCAAUGUUACGGAUGUGUAAAUAAUAAAUAAAAAGGAGUAUGAAUGAAUGGUCGAGAUAAUCUUCAAUAUCAAAAACGUAUUAUACUUGCGAUUUUAGAACAAUGAGUCGAAUAUUGUACGAUUUAACCUUUCGACGCUUAGAAUAAAUUACAAUGUCAUUUAUGUGUUUACGUCGAAACUAUAAGUAUUUGCGCAGCGAAACACGUAAUGUUUUAAUAAUAACUUUAAGUGUAAAAAAAUCCAACUAAGCUGCUGUUCGAAUCAACGGCGUAUAUGUAUAUUCUAUAAGGACGACGUUAUUUUUUUCCAAUUUAUUUCACAUAAAACACCACGUGAUCACAUUGCGGUUUUGUAAAUAUAAAAUUUCAAAAGUAAUGCUCAUGAAAUUCACUAAGGUGCAUUGAGAGGUUAUUAUUAUAAAAUAAUUAUAAAAUAAAAAGAAAAAAAAAUUCGAUGA